UUUACUAAAUUCUGUACAUUUCUUCUCAUCCUUAAUGACUCCAAAUUGAAGUGUUAUUUUAAAUUUUUAUAAAUUUUAAUCUUAGCAAAAAACAAGGAUUACUGAUCAACUGCAAGUACCAAUAAAUGUACGAACAAAAUGUAAGUCUUUGUCUACUGUUAAAAAAGACAACAUUGAUACCAUUGAUCUUACUGAGGAUGCUGUUGACGAAAAAUUAAAUAGAGAACAUACUCAAAUGGCAUAUGCUAAAAGGAAAAGCUCUAUAAAUGAAGAUCGUAGUAAAAGAAUUAUUUCAGAAGAGCGUGAAACAUAUGUACCUGUACAACUACUACAGGCUGUAAGUAUUGAGCAGACAUCGAGACAUCAUACACCAUCCCCUGCGCAGGUUCAAUCGGCUUCGAGAGAAACUCAAAUUUAUCAACAAUCUAUUAGACCUGUUGCUUUCGCUACACGUAAAAUAUCUGUACCAAAAUUGAAUGAAUCAUUAAAACCUGUUAUACCUACACUAAAACAUCCUGCUACAUUGGCUGCUGUUCCAAUACAGAGAAAUAUUCGUCAAUUAAAAAAAUCUCCACCUACACCAACAUUGAACAUUGUUAAAGAUAUGAAAAAUAAUGCGUUAAUGCUUGUUUGGAAUAUGAAUCUUAAUAGUACAUAUGCUAAAGUUGUUAGCUAUAAAAUAUAUACUCAUAAAGAAACAUCUUCAGCUCCUCUUCCUAGGUUUGAUCUAUGGAGAGAAUAUAAAACCGUCAGUGCUUUUGAUUUACCAAUGGCUUGCAAAUUAACUAAUUUUCCCAGUAACGGAAAGUACCAUUUUGCAGUAAGAGCUGUAGAUGUUUUCAACCGUAUUGGGCCAUUUAGUUUAACACGCUGUGCAAUUGUGUCUUUGUAA